GAGGGGAGGGCCUGCCAGGUGAGGCGCGGUCACCCUGGGCCUCUCACUUCCGCCCAGGUGAGGGAGGGCCGACGCCGAGCCCGCCCGCCCCGGGCUCCCACUCAGCCUCCACCGGACCAGGUUUCUUUAAAAGUGAUUGAAGAGAAUAAUUCAAAAUGCCAGAAAAUCCUGCUACAGAUAAACUACAGGUCCUGCAGGUUCUUGAUCGCUUGAAAAUGAAAUUGCAGGAGAAGGGAGACACAUCACAGAAUGAGAAGCUGUCUGUGUUUUAUGAGACACUGAGGAGUCCUCUCUUCAACCAGAUACUCACACUUCAGCAGUCCAUCAGGCAACUGAAGGGGCAACUCAGCCAUGUACCCUCAGAUUGUUCAACCAACUUUGAUUUUUCUAGGAAAGGUUUGUUAGUGUUCACAGAUGGUUCCAUUACUAAUGGAAAUGCCAACAGGCUCUCUAAUAGCUCGACUGUAUCUGGGUUAUCUUCUUGGACGCCGAAGUUGGGAAAUGAAGACUUUAACUCAAUCAUUCAACAAAUGGCUCAGGGCCGGCAAAUUGAAUACAUAGAUAUAGAACGACCUUCAUCUGGAGGCCUUGGAUUCAGUGUGGUGGCCCUUAGAAGGCAACAUUUGGGAGAAGUUGAUAUCUUCGUGAAGGAAGUACAGCCAGGGAGUGUAGCAGACAGGGAUCAAAGAUUGAAGGAAAAUGACCAGAUAUUGGCCAUUAAUCACACGCCACUGGAUCAGAACAUUUCCCAUCAGCAAGCAAUUGCAUUAUUACAACAGACCACCGGAUCUUUACGUCUGGUUGUGGCCAGGGAACCAGUCCACACAAAAAGCAGUACUUCUACCAGCCUAACUGAUACGACUCUUCCUGAAACAGUUUGUUGGGGCCAUAUUGAAGAUGUUGAGCUCAUUAAUGAUGGUUCUGGAUUAGGUUUCGGAAUAGUUGGAGGAAAAUCAAGUGGCGUGGUUGUGAGGACUAUAGUUCCUGGAGGAUUAGCAGAUCGAGAUGGAAGACUCCAGACAGGGGACCACAUCUUGAAGAUUGGAAGCACAAAUGUGCAGGGGAUGACCAGUGAGCAAGUUGCACAAGUUCUCAGGAACUGUGGCAGUUCGGUCAGGAUGCUUGUUGCCAGGGACCCAACUGGUGAAAUUUCAGUACCGCCUCCUGCCCCUACAGCCUUACCUGUUGCCCUGCCUACUGUAGCCAGCAGAAGCCCUGGUUCUGGCAGUUCUCUUUCUGAAACUUACAAUGUUGAACUCAUUAAAAAAGAUGGACAGAGUCUCGGGAUUAGAAUUGUUGGCUAUGUUGGAACAAAUCAUACAGGGGAGGCAGCAGGGAUUUAUGUGAAAAGCAUCAUACCUGGCAGUGCCGCGCACCACAAUGGCCACAUUCAAGUGAAUGACAAAAUAGUUGCUGUUGAUGGUGUGAAUAUUCAGGGUAUGGCCAACCAGGAUGUUGUUGAAAUAUUACGAAAGGCGGGGCAGGUGGUACGCCUAACCCUUGUUCGAAGGAAGACACCCUCAUCUGCUUCUCCACUUGAACAGCCUUCAGACAGAGGAAUUAUAGAACCACCAAAAACACCAGGUCUCUUUCUAACUGGAGCAGUGGAAACAGAAACUAAUUUGGAUGGUGAAGAUGAAGAAACUGGAGAAAAAAUGGAUAAUCUGAAAAAUGACAACAUACAAGCCUUAGAAAAAUUGGAAAGAGUCCCAGACUCUCCAGAAAAUGAGCUGAAAUCCAGAUGGGAAAACCUUUUGGGUCCUGAUUAUGAAGUAAUGGUUGCUACUUUGGACACACAGAUUGCAGAUGAUGCUGAGUUACAGAAGUAUUCAAAGCUGCUGCCUAUUCACACUCUGAGGCUUGGCGUGGAAGUGGAUUCCUUUGAUGGGCACCAUUAUAUCUCUUCAAUAGUGCCUGGUGGUCCUGUGGAUACAUUGAGCCUCCUGCAGCCAGAGGAUGAGCUUCUUGAGGUCAAUGGCGUGCAGCUUUAUGGAAAAUCUCGCAGAGAAGCAGUCUCCUUUCUUAAAGAAGUGCCACCCCCUUUUACCUUGGUGUGCUGUCGAAGGUUGUUUGAUGAUGAGGCCUCUGUAGAUGAACCGAGGAGCACCGAAACCUCUGUUCCUGAAAUAGAGGUUGACCAGAAUGUAGCUGUCAAUACUGAAGAAGAUGAUGAUGGAGAAUUAGCACUGUGGUCUCCUGAAGUCAAGAUUGUUGAGCUAGUAAAAGAUCAUAAAGGCUUGGGAUUCAGCAUUUUGGAUUACCAGGACCCUUUAGAUCCCACAAGAUCAGUGAUUGUGAUCCGUUCCCUGGUAGCAGAUAGUGUAGCCGAAAGAAGUAGAGGACUAUUACCUGGAGACCGCCUGGUCUCAGUCAAUGAAUACUGUUUGGACAACACGACACUUGCUGAAGCUGUGGAAGUUUUGAAGGCUGUGCCACCAGGCACUGUGCGCCUGGGCGUCUGUAAGCCUUUGGUGGAAAAUGAUAAAGAAGAAAGUGGUUAUAUUUUACAUUCAAGCAAUAAUGAAGAUAAGACUGAACUUUCAGGAACAAUUCAUGAUAUAAAUUCAUCUUUAAUACUUGAAGCACCCAAGGGAUUUAGAGAUGAACCACAUUUUAAAGAAGACCUUGUAGAUGAACCGUUUCUAGAUUUGGGAAAGGCUUUUCAGUCCCAACAAAAAGAGAUAGACAACAGCAAGGAGGCCUGGGAGAUGCAUGAAUUUCUGACUCCUAGAUUGCAGGAGAUGGGUGAAGAAAGGGAAAUGCUUGUUGAUGAAGAAUAUGAGCUGUAUCAAGAUCACUUUCAGUCCAUGGACUUGUAUCCCUCGUCACACAUUCAAGAGGCCCCUCCUGUGCCCUCCAUGAAGGAAUUUCACUUUGCUACACAGUGGUUACAUGACAGUGAACCCCUUGGGUCUCCAGAAGCAAGAUCUAUGAGGAGUAUGUAUUCCCAGGAGACGCAGCAGUAUGGGUAUUGCCCUGAAAACAUGGAAAACUUUGGCAUGGAUUCUCUACCAUCCGUACCAUCGACUGAAGGAAACAGUCAACAAGGCAGAUUUGAUGAUCUGGAAAAUCUUAAUUCGUUGGCAAAAAGCAGUCUGGAUUUAGGCACGAUUCCAAAUGAUGUCCAGGGUCCUAGCUUGCUGGACCUUCCUGCUGUGACUCAAAAAAGGGAGCAAGACUUGCCUUUAUAUCAGCUCCCCAGGACGCGAGUUGUUUCAAAGACCUCAGCAUACACAGGGAUGCUGUCUUCUAGAUAUGCCACCAGUGCAUGUGAGUUACCUGAGAGAGAAGAAGGUGAAGGAGAAGAAACUCCAAACUUCAGCCACUGGGGUCCACCGAGAAUUGUUGAGAUUUUUAGGGAACCCAAUGUGUCUCUUGGUAUCAGUAUUGUUGGUGGACAAACUGUUAUAAAACGCCUGAAGAAUGGAGAGGAGCUUAAAGGUAUAUUUAUCAAACAAGUUUUAGAAGACAGUCCAGCAGGAAAAACAAAUGCACUUAAAACUGGAGAUAAAAUCCUUGAGGUGUCUGGAGUGGAUUUGCAGAAUGCCUCCCACAGAGAAGCCGUUGAGGCCAUUAAGAGUGCGGGAAACCCUGUGGUGUUCGUUGUCCAGAGCUUGUCACCCACUCCAAGAGUCGUUCCUAAUGUGCACAACAAGGCCAACAAAAUUGCCAAUAACCAGGACCAAGGCACCCAAGAGAAAAGAGAAAAGAGGCAAGGAACUGCUCCACCUCCAAUGAAGCUGCCUCCUCCUUAUAAAGCUCCGUCCGAUGACAGUGAUGAAAAUGAAGAAGAAUAUGCAUUUACUGACAAAAAAAUCAGGCAAAGAUAUGCAGAUCUGCCUGGAGAACUGCACAUUAUUGAACUUGAAAAGGAUAAGAAUGGACUUGGACUCAGCCUUGCUGGUAAUAAAGACAGAUCACGCAUGAGCAUAUUUGUGGUGGGAAUUAACCCAGAAGGACCUGCUGCAACAGACGGACGAAUGCGUAUUGGAGAUGAACUGUUAGAGAUAAACAAUCAGAUCCUGUAUGGAAGAAGUCACCAAAAUGCAUCUGCCAUUAUUAAGACUGCCCCUUCAAAGGUCAAGCUGGUUUUUAUCAGAAACGAAGAUGCAGUCAAUCAGAUGGCCGUUACGCCAUUCCCGUUGCCAUCGAGUUCUCCGUCUUCUGUUGAGGAUCAGAGUGGCACUGAACCUGUUAGUAGUGAGGAAGAUGGCAGUCUUGAAGUUGGUAUUAAACAGUUGCCUGAAAGUGAAAGCUCCAAACUGGAAGACAUGUCCCAGGUGAUUGGUCAAGGUAUAGUGGCAGAUCAGGAAAAGGCACUGGAGUACCCACCUGACAAUGCUGUCAGCCAGAUGAAACAGCAAAAAUAUUCGACAAAAGUCUCUUUCGGGUCACAGGAGAUACCGUUAGCACCACCUCCAUCGUACCAGUCAACAGAUGCAGACUGCACAGGCUACGGUGGUUUCCAGGCUCCUCUGUCCGUGGACCCUGCGACAUGUCCCAUUGUUCCUGGCCAGGAAAUGAUUAUAGAAAUAUCCAAGGGACGUUCAGGGCUUGGUCUCAGCAUUGUGGGAGGAAAAGACACACCCUUGGAUGCUAUAGUUAUACACGAAGUUUAUGAAGAAGGAGCAGCAGCCAGAGAUGGAAGGCUUUGGGCUGGUGACCAGAUACUAGAGGUUAAUGGGAUUGACCUGAGGAGCUCCAGCCACGAAGAAGCCAUCACAGCUCUGAGGCAGACCCCCCAGAAGGUGCGGCUGGUGGUGUAUAGAGACGAGGCACACUACAGGGACGAGGAAAACUUGGAGAUGUUCCCUGUGGAUCUGCAGAAGAAAGCCGGCCGAGGACUGGGCCUGAGCAUCGUUGGCAAACGAAAUGGAAGCGGAGUAUUUAUUUCUGACAUUGUGAAAGGCGGAGCUGCAGACCUGGAUGGAAGAUUGAUUCAGGGAGAUCAGAUCUUGUCUGUGAAUGGGGAGGACGUGAGAGCUGCCUCACAGGAGACCGUGGCCACCAUCCUCAAGUGUGCACAGGGUCUUGUGCAGCUAGAGAUUGGAAGACUCCGAGCUGGUUCGUGGACCUCGGCAAGGAAGACAUCACAGAACAGUCAGGGGAGUCAGCACAGCACACACAGCAGCUGCCGUCCCUCCUUUGCCCCCGUCAUCGCCGGCCUGCAAAACCUGGUCGGCACAAAGAGAGCUUCAGAUUCUGCCCAGAGGAACUCAGGCACAGACAUGGUGCCAAGGACUGUUGAGAUAAUCAGAGAGCUCAGUGAUGCCCUUGGAAUCAGUAUUGCUGGAGGAAAAGGAAGUCCCUUAGGAGAUAUCCCUGUAUUUAUUGCCAUGAUUCAGGCCAGCGGAGUGGCUGCACGUACACAGAAGCUUAAAGUUGGAGAUCGGAUUGUCAGCAUUAAUGGGCAACCUUUAGAUGGGCUGUCUCACGCGGACGCGGUUAAUCUGCUGAAGAACGCCUACGGGCGCAUUAUCCUGCAGGUUGUAGCAGAUACCAAUAUAAGUGCCAUAGCAACUCAGCUUGAAAACAUGUCUACCGGCUACCACCUUGGUUCACCCACUGCUGAGCACCAACCGGAAGACACAGAAACACCUCCACCUAAGAUUAUUACUUUGGAGAAAGGCUCUGAAGGAUUGGGGUUUAGUAUUGUAGGGGGUUAUGGAAGUCCCCAUGGAGACCUGCCAAUUUAUGUCAAGACUAUAUUUGCAAAGGGAGCAGCUGCAGAUGACGGCCGAUUAAAGCGAGGUGAUCAGAUUUUAGCUGCUAAUGGUGAGACCCUGGAAGGUGUUACUCAUGAGCAAGCGGUCGCCAUUCUAAAACACCAGAGAGGGACUGUCACCUUAACUGUGUUGUCGUGAGCCUCAGGUCCUGAUCACAAGAUAGAUGUUGUUGUUUAGAAUAUCCAUAGCAAGAGGAAGUUGUGGGUGGGGGUGGAAAGCAACCUCGCCUAAAAUUCACCUUCAUUUUACCAUUUCAUCCUCUCUGCUCGGGAGAAAUGGCUGAGGUUUCAUGUGAAUUUCCCAAGUCAACAAUCAUCUCCUAAGGUUUCCCAGCUUCUGUCACCUCUUGGCAAGGCUGAUUUCUAAAAUUUGAAUGAGUCUUGUCCAUUUUGCAUUUAACAUCGAUGUUUGCCAACUAGUAGUAACUGGUUCUGAUUACAUUUGCCAAAACUAGAGUCAACAACCUCUCAUUCCUUACACCCUUCUCUCCCUAUCCCCUACUCAGAGGCUUAACACAACCUCAAAUCUCACUGAUGAACAGAAAGAAAUGUUAAGCAACCUGUCAUCUCACUCAUGAUUUACUUAUGCUAAUCGUCUCUUCAAGUAAGCCAGAAAACAUUAGCAGUGUAAUUAACUUACCAGUGAUCCCGGGGAUGAAAUACCAAAUUCUCCUGUGGGAAAUUACCAUGCUGUCUUCUGUAUGACUUAUAGUCAAAUAAGCCUCAAGUUCAUUUCUCUGGAUAGAACUUUAUAUGUUAGUCAUUGGUGAUUUUUGAUGAGUCAAUUUACAGGCUGUAAUCUUCUAAAAAAAAAUUCUGAAAGGCUUUCUAAAUGUUUUCUCAUCUAUAUAAAUGCAUACCACUGAGCAAAUAUACCUUAUCCUCAACAGGAACAGUUAGCAUCCAUGUUCUGAAUUCUGACAAUGCUAAGUUAUGUUCAAGUCCACGAAUUUCUUCUGGAAUUAAUGGCAUGUCAAUAGGCAGGCAUCAUUUUCCCCCACCAAGACCCCCUAGGCUUCACAUGGGGAGGUAGAAGCCCCAGAAGCACACUGCAGAGAUCAGCAAGUUUUGCCUCGAGUCAACCAAGGUCUGGGUGGCCUUGGCCUUGUGCAAAGUAGAGUGACAUUUGAUUAUCCUUCCCUUUACCUGCAUACCAGUCAGUCCAGCAGCACAGACUGCAGGCACCUAGAUGGAACAAUAUGCUUAGCUGCAAAAUGACUGAGCAAAUGAACUAAGCCUAGGAAUCAGUGAUAAAAAUGCUUGACUGAUAUUUCCUGGUGUCCAGAGACCCUCUGACUUGCUGAAGUUUUGCAUGCUAAGAAAGCAACUAUAGCAGAAAAUGUAAGAAUACCUUUAAAAUUGAUUAUGGGCAUUCUUAUUUACAUGUUAUCAGGAAAAGGGGAGCUAUGCUUAUCAGUGGAUACUAUAGUGUCCUCUAUAAAAAAAGUACCAUGAAGAAUGAGUACCAGGGCCACUAAUAGAAGUAGUUCAGCAUAAUUUAACUACAACACAAUGCUGCAAAUGUUUCACAGUAAUUAUCGAAAUGUAAUGGGCUCUAAUUUAAAAUGUUAUUUAAUAAGUAUAGAUUUUAAUUGAGAAUUAUCUUUGAGUAGAUGUAAUCACAAAGUGCAUUAACUCUUGUUGGAAUAUUUUAUGGCUAUUCCAAAGUAUAGAGUGCCUAAAUUUUAUGUUGAAAAUGUCUUUCAUGACUGGUAUUAAGUUUUCUGAAAUUACACACGGCUUUUGAAAUUUCUAAUGUAUUCAAGAUACUCAAUGUUGUUAGGAUCUCAUCUUUCUAUGCAUGGGAAGCUACCAACCUCAGAACAGUCUUUGUUAAUUGUAUCUGAAAGGACACCUCCAGCAAGCCAAGAAGGAAUGAAACCCAAAUAAAAAUUGAAAAUGCACCUUAAAAAUAUAUACACAUGUAAUACUUUUGAAAUGUGAUUCUGCUUAAUUUGGGUGGAAUGGCCAUUAAAUAUACAUUUUGAAAUAAUA